AUGACAAUGACAAAGGAGACUCCUAUGAUGGACUAUCCAGAUGUCCACACAGUUAUCAAGUCCUUCCAAACGACCGUCAACCGGUAUUCCGACUAUCCCGCUAUCAUCUGUCGCCAGCGAUCGGGAAGCAGCCACAACGUGAACAGAUGGACGUAUCGCGACCUUCAUGUAACAAUCCAGCAGUUUGCUCGUGGUCUGGUUGCCCACAAUGUGAAAGCAGGCACACCAAUGUUUGUAUUGUGUAGGAAUCAAGUCGAAUAUGUCAUUGCCACUUUGACGGCUUAUUAUAUGGGGUUUAUACAAAUCCCCAUCGAGCCAGGAAUAUUGGAUAAUUUCGGAGAUGUGCGCCAUAUGCUGGACACUGUGAUCCAACAUUACAACUCAGACCGAGUCAUUCUCCUAGCAAAUGAUAGGACUUCUGCCGUGAAGCUUGAUCAGCUUGUAUUACCCACAGGAACUAUUAAGAUUUGUACUGAAGGAAGAUCCGAUGACUGGAUACCCUUCCAAGAGCUCCUUCUAGGGACGGGCAUAGAACCUCAAGAACGAGGACCGGCUAGAGGUGUUGCGGAACAAUCCAUCUUCUUUACGAGUGGCUCCACAGCUCUUCCCAAAUGCUGUUUGAUUCAAGCUGCCCAAUGGUUUUAUCAUCUCGAGCCUUCCCUCAGCCUGGGGUCCUUCUCGCCGCAAGCCCGCAUUGUGAUUCCCGUACCCGUCAGCCAUGCCUUUGGAUAUAUUUGCAUAAUAUUGUCGCUACUUCAAGGUGCAUGCGUUGUCUUCCCCGGGACCGCGUAUAGCCUGCAGGCGGUUGUCGACGCCAUUUCACAGGAGAAGUGCACGCAUGCGGCAAUCGUACCAACCAUGGCUCAUAGCCUAAUUGAGGAACUGUCCAGUUUUCCAAUUAACAUUAAAAGUUUGAAGGGGUUGACAUUGGCCGGUGGUGUAAUCACCCCCGAGCUGCUCGUGAGAUGUAAAGAAUGUCUUGGUGUCUCGAGCACGGAGAAUUUUUACGGCAUGACAGAAGGUGUCUUUGCUACCACUGGCCUCGUUCAAGAUCUUGAUAAGGUGACCAACGACUGUAAUGUCAGUGUUGGAAAGCCUAUACGAGGAGGCAAAUUUCGAGUUUGCGCACAAGGGGAUUAUUCAACCGUGCCUCCGGGGAUUGAGGGUGAGCUGCACUUCUCCGGCAAAUCCAUGAUUACACAAUAUAUUAGCAAAAGCACCGAUGACCUCUAUGAAGUAGACGGUGAAGUGUGGUUUAUUACAGGCGAUCGAGGUCUGGUGGACCAUGAGGGCCGGUUGUUUAUUCUUGGACGCCGCAAAGACAUGAUAUCUCGAGGAGGGAAGAGCAUCUCUCUUCCGAAAAUCGAGGCUGUUCUUGCACAAGUGUCGGAGCUGCAUGCUCUUGAGCCGCAGAUUGUAGCGGCAGCUGAUACGAUUGCCGGUGAGGUUCCCCUAGCCGUGAUCAAGGGGAAAGCCGAUCAUAGCGUGGUCAAACAACUGCAGGAUACCAUGCGGUCCUCACUGGGUGUUGCACAUGUACCCAGCCAUGUUGUUCCUUUGGAGACUUUACGACAGACAGACUACCCUCGCACAUCGACGGGGAAGGUCCAAAGGAUGAAGCUUGCGGAAAUGGUACAGGCUUAUCAAGAGUCGCAGAAAGUUGCAGAUUCUGAGCCGUCAAAUGAUCCUUGUGAUUUCAGUCACGCAAUUCAAACAGUGUGGACACGAGUAUCCGGUGUUUCUUCCGAAGACCUUGAUUUGAAGCGUCCGAUAUCAGACUUUGCAGACAGCAUCACAAUGCUCAUUGCGCGAGAUCAGAUUCGGAAGGGGACAGGUCGACAGGCUCCGCUGCGUCAGUGGAACGCCACUACAACUAUCUCAGAUCAGAUCAGACUACUCAAAAAUAGUCUACCAUCCACCGGCAAGCAAGAUACGUGUUCCUCUUUGCAGCAGGAGCAGCCAACAGGGCCUCCAGAUGUUGAAGAUAUCGCUUAUCUAGGAAAUGACAAAGCUAGAUUCAAUGCCACCAAAGCGGCUAUUGGGAAGACUAUCUCUCAGUAUGGGCUCUCCUGGAAUGAGGUGGCUUCUGUGUGCCCCUGUACGGAUUUCAUUCAGUUGCUGUGCCGAACUCGAGUAAUCAAUGAUUGGAACACCCGUACGGCUAUUGUGACUAAAUAUGCUACCAUGGAGAACCUCCGCACUGCUCUGGAAGCAGUGGUGCGCAACAAUCCCGUGGUCACUUCGUUCAUGGUCAUCGAUCCGACGGAACUCGACCCAGAAUUGGGUCUGUACGUGAUGAUUCGUCCAACUAAAGAAUACCUUGACCGUUGUCUUCUGUUGAACCAUGGCACUGUUGAUACACUAGACGAUCUCCGGGCCCUUACCAGGAAGUAUCCAUCCCAAGAUCAUACCCGGCUACCUGGGCCAUUGUUCCGUGCGCUGCUCGUGCUCGUUCGUGAGACCAAUUCUGCUGCUGUCAUCACCAACUGCUCCCAUUCCGCCCUGGAUGCCAUCUAUCACCAGAUGCUCAAUGCAGACCUAGAUCAGGCUCUCGGUGGCCACGCUUUACGACCGCAUGUACCGUUCAAGUCCUGGGCAGACGCUUUUUACGCGCUUCGCAAAUCUCCUAUAGCAGAAACCGCCGUGAAAUUCCAUGCAGAGUAUCUCCGUGAUCUAGGCAAACAUCAGCAUGUUCUCUGGCCACGUCCAACACACGACUUGGUGGUGACCACCGAACGUCAGGACAUAUGUGGGCACAUAAUCAUAUUUUCCGCUCCAUCAUUUGUGCGUCUCAGAGAAGUAUACCCGAGCCUCACAACGCCAACCAUUCUCAAAGCAGCCCUUGCUCUGCUCAUCAUCUCUCGUCCUAACCAUUCCCAUGCCCUGUUUGCAAACAUGGAGGCAGCUCGAUCCACGUUCCCAUUCCUGCCAGCAUCCAUAGCUGCUCAGGGCACAUACGAUGCCGUCGACGUUGCCGGUCCGACCUUUGGGAUCGUGUUGAAUCUGGUCACCUUCCACCCGAGAGAAACAGUCCUGGAAUAUCUGAUACGCGUCCAGCAGACACAAGCCCAGUUGUCGGAAUACGCCAGUGUUCCAUGGCAUGAGGUUCUCCGACGACUCAACAUCAGCGGCAAUGUUGUCCCAUCUGUGGCCGAGUCAAUGCUCUUCAACUGGAUGCCUGGGCUGGCAUCCGCGGUGCUGGGCGAUAACCCGUUCAAAAACAUGCAGAUCUUACAGACUCAUAUCAGGACGAAGCUAGGUAUGUUGGCCUCUGCCACGGCUGGAGGACCAGAUGGAAGCCAGAUCAUUAUCUAUCUCGAGGGAGCAUUUGCCAAUACGUCAAUUGUGUGGGUUGCAAGAGCUGCUGAAGAGUGGAAGAAGAUCGCUUUGUGGUUAUCUGAUGAGAACUCGUUGUCGUUGCCUGUUGCUCGGUUUCACCGCGCUCUUGGAAUAGAGUAG